ACCUUUGACCUCAGCAGUACGCUGCCAGUCCCAAAGAUGGCUGCGUACAUGAGGAUUCCCAAAACAUGCCAAGCUCUUUUAAACGCGAAAUAUUUCAGCUCAGUGAUAGGCUUAAGGGCGCGCUUAGCCUUUACUUCUACGGCGAGACAUGCCGAAUUCACGUCAAAAAGAGUACGAAGUAUGUUUACUGAAUUCUUCAGAGAUCGGCACCGACACAAGCUUGUGCAGUCCUCUCCAGUGCGACCGCGAGGGGACCCAAGCCUCUUGUUCGUCAAUGCAGGCAUGAACCAGUUCAAGCCCAUCUUCCUGGGCGCGGUGGACCCUCGCAGCGAGAUGGCGCAUUACCGGCGGGUGGUGAACAGUCAGAAAUGCGUCCGCGCCGGCGGCAAGCACAACGACCUGGACGACGUGGGCCGGGAUGUCUACCAUCACACCUUCUUCGAGAUGCUGGGAAACUGGUCCUUCGGAGACUACUUCAAGGAAGAGGCCUGCUCCAUGGCCUGGGAGCUGCUGACGGAGGUGUACGGGAUCCCGCCGGAUCGGCUGUACGUGUCGUACUUUGGCGGGGACGCCGCUCUGGGGCUGGCGGCUGACGAGGAAACGCGGGAAAUCUGGCUGAGCCUGGGGGUCCCACCAAGUAGCGUCCUGCCGUUUGGGAUGAGGGAGAAUUUUUGGGAGAUGGGGGAGACGGGGCCCUGCGGUCCGUGCACGGAGAUCCACUACGAUCAUGUAGGGGGGCGGAACGCGGCCAGCCUGGUGAACCAGGACAGCCCGGAGGUGGUUGAGAUCUGGAACCUGGUCUUCAUGCAGUACACCAGGGAGGUGGACGGCAGCCUGCGGCCCCUCCCCCAGCUCAGUGUGGAUACCGGGAUGGGCCUGGAGCGGCUGGUCACCGUCCUGCAGGGCCAGCGCUCCAACUACGACACCGACCUGUUCACCCCUCUGCUGUCUGCCAUUCACCAGAGCUCCAGGUGUCCGGAGUACCGCGGCCGAAGGACGUCCCCGGAACAGGCCCGCAUGACGGAAUUGGUGGACACGUCCGGCGGUACCAGCAGUCCUCGCAUGACUCCACAUCUCGACACCCUGUUCCGUCUCCAUCGACCCGAAUCAGCUAAGUGUGUGUGUGUGUGCGUGUGUGUGUGUGUGUUCUGCAGGCUGGUGUUGAGGCGCAUUCUACGGCGGGCGGUGCGUUACUCCACAGAGGUGCUGCUGGCCCCCCCGGGGACGCUGGCCAGCCUGGUCCCCACUGUGGCCCAAAUACUGGGUGAAGCCUAUCCUGAACUGUACAGAGAAACUGUGAGGAUCAUGGACAUCAUCAACGACAACGAAGCCCAGUUUCUCUCCUCCUUAAAGCAGGGGAGGGGUGUGAUUGACAGAACCCUCCAGAAGAUGGGCGGGGCCCAGCUGUUUCCAGGGUCUGUUGCCUGGUCACUGCAUCGCAACCUUGGCUUUCCCUUGGACCUGAUUGGCUUAAUGCUGGAGGAGAGGGGCGUGACCAUGGAUACAGAGGCUGUGGAUAGGCUAGCGGCAGAAGAAGAAAAGUUGAAGACUCAUACCGAGGGUCCUAACAGAGAGAGCUGUACUGAGCUGGAUCUGCACAGUCUCUCAGCACUGCAGGGGGCGGGGAUUCCCCACACUGACGAUUCUCCAAAAUACCGCUAUUCCCUGGACCAGGAUGGCCGAUAUGUGUUCCCGUCCUGCUGGUCCACGGUGCGAGCCCUGUACAGCUCACAGUCUCUGGUGUCGGAGGUGCGGGAGGGGCAGAGGUGUGGGGUGGUCCUGGAUCAGACCUGCUUCUACGCUGAGCAGGGAGGCCAGACCCACGACCAGGGCUACUUCAUCCGGGACGGGCUGCAGGACGUCCUGUUCGCAGUGGAGGCAGUGCAGCAGGUGGGCGGGUACGUGGUCCACCAGGUAACCGCCGGCGACGCCCUGCGGACUGGUGACAGGGUCCAGCUGUUUGUAGACACGGCACACAGACUGGCCUGUAUGGUGAAGCACACGGCGACACACGUCCUCAACUUCUCGCUCCGGCAGCUGCUGGGGGAGGGGGUGGAGCAGAGGGGGUCUCACGUCACGCCCGACCGGCUGCGUUUCGACUUCAGCGUGAGGGGCUCUCUGAACGUCCAGCAGCUCCAGGAAGUCGAGCAGAAGGUGCAGGAAGUCAUCGCGCAGAACGAGGAUGUGUACGUCCAGGAGCUGCCGCUGGCCCUGGCCAAACACAUACCCGGCCUGAGAACAGUGGAUGAGGUGUACCCGGAUCCAGUCAGGGUGGUGUCUGUGGGAAUCCCUGUUCCUGACCUGACCAACUCUUCCACUGACCGGCCGACAUCUGUGGAGCUUUGCUGUGGAACACACUUGCUGAGGACGGGGGAGAUCCAUGACUUUGUCAUUGUGGCAGAGAGACAGCUGGUGAAGGGAGUGAGCCGGGUCGUGGCUGUCACUGGAGAGGAAGCUCGAAAGGCCCGUGAGGCGGGGCACACCCUGGUCCAGGAGGUGGAGUCUUUGUCGGCACGGCUACCGUCUGCAGGCUCCGCCCUCUGCACUGCACACAGGCUAUCCAAAGAAGUGGGCCAGCUGACUGAUGUGGUGGAAAACGUGCUCAUGCCACAGUGGCAGAGGAAAGAGCUCCAUCAUCGUCUGAAAGCGAUGCAGAGAUCCACCAACACUGCCAUCAGGAAGCUGGAGACCAGCGAGGCCGCAGGGAAAGCCCACGUCCUGCUGGAGAAACACGGCAGUAAGGCUGUGGUUGUGGACACUGUGGAGGCAGAUUCAAUAUCAGUGGUGAUGAAGGUGGUGAAUCAGUACAGUGAUCGGGCCCCGGGGACCAAGGUCAUGCUCCUGUCCCACCUGCAGUCCGGGAGGGUCCUGUGUGCCUGUCAGGUGCCCAAGGGCUGCAGUGCUCUCUCUGCCAGUGACUGGGCCCUGGCCGUCUGCAGCCACCUGGGGGGCAACGCAGGGGGGUCCUCUACUGUUGCCAAGGGAACAGGAAACACGCAGGACAUCACAGAGGCCCUCCGGUGGGCCGAGGAGUUUGCCUGCACCAAGUCCCAACACUGACCCAACACACUGACCCAGUACCAACCCAACACUGACCCACACACGGACCCAAUACCAACUCAACGCUUACCCAAUACCAACCCAAAACAGACCCAAUGCACUGGUCCAGUGCCAAUCCAGCUCUGACCGAACAGAAUGACCUAACAUGACCUAACAUUGACCCAUCGCACCAACUAAACACUAACCUCCACAACAGACUCCCAACACAGACCCCCAAGACAGAGACUCAACACUGACCCAACACACCGACCUAACACCCUACACUGAAGCCCAGGACCACUUACUGGGAUUUGUAAGUGUAUCUGUAUGCAGUAUCUAAAGUACAGCUUAUUUAUGAUAAGCAAGUGUGUCACUGGCUGGUUCCAGAUGUAUGCAGUUAUAUGUAAAAUAUGUAAAUAAUUGCUAUUAAUUUCACUUGAAAUGAAGUAAGUCUGAAGAUGUUUUUGCAUAACCUGGGUUCUGUAUAAACAUCAGAGGCUGAGUUUUCUCUCAGGUUUCUUAUACUGUGUUUAUGCUGAAAAUGGGGGUUGCUCUUGAAAACUGUAGAAGGGCUUGCUGCAUCUUUGGUUUUGUUUUUCUUGGGACUGUAGUUCACUCAGUUCCCAACUUAAGUGGGAAUAAGGACUGAUAUCUAAAGGCUUAGAUCUUCAUUAUUCUAAAUAAUAUGAUACUUUUUCAUACUUUGGACUCCCAGGGAACUGAAUGUACAAAACUGUCUGUAUUUCCUUUGUUUAAGGAAACAUUUGUUACAUUUUGUGUGAGAUCGUGCUCCCACUAUUUAGACCUUCUGGACCUUGCAAGAGUGAUAACACAGGGAAACAAAAAUCAAAAUCAUGUUUGUGUGUAAGAAAGUCUGACAGGACUAGAAGAAAAUCCAAAGCAAUGCUUUCAUUUUUGUAGUUUAUUGAGGUAUAAUGUAGUAAUGGUAAGCCUUACGUAUUUGCACGUCCUUCAAUAUUAAACCAUUAAAAAAACUCAUCAACUGGCAGAGGCUUACAGUAUUAAAGCUACUACAUUAGCAAUGCUGUCUUUAAAUAUGCUUUCUGACAUCUGCUAUAUCCUAUAUCUGCCAUCUAUAGAGAUCAACUGCCAUUUUUGAUGAGAAAACUUUCAAUAUGCAUCAAAUGAUGAGCCUCAGAAUUCUCAUUUGUUUAGCGAUUUUUGUUUUAAUCCCUUCAAAUGCUUCUGGAUGAUAAUUAUGACAAUUUACAUAGCUCACAUGGUCUUUUAAAUAGUACCCCCUUUGCCACCUAAAAAUUUUAUAAAUAUGCGCAAUGUUGGAUUUAUUACUGUUUCUCCACUAGGCUACAUUUCAGCUUACGACUUAUGAGUACAAAGCAGAUGUUUCUUUACUUGUAGAGUAGCAGAAGAGUAACUACAGUGUACAAGAUGGGGAUGUAAAUCCAUAUUAAUAAAUUAAUAAUUGCCAAAUUAACCCUUGAAAUAAAUUGGCAACAUCUUUGUGUUUGUAAUGUACAGUUCUGUCACUUGCAUUGCAAUUGUGAAAUACACUGUACUUUAUAUCUUGGGUCUCUUCAUUAUACACCAUCUUUCAUAGCAAAAUUCUCCAGAAAAGAGCUAGACUAAAAGGAUAGAAUGUGCAUAACUGUAUAUAUCAAGUUGAAAUGAAUUAAUGGAAUGCCACUACAACGAUA